UGAAAAACUUUCACCAAACAAAAGUAUUUAUUUCGCUUUUAUCUUUAAAAUUAUUCUAUUUUGGGUUCUUGGGAAAAGAAAGAUUGAGAAAAAAGAAAGGAACGAAAGAAAAAAGAAGAGAAAACUCACCACUUUAUAGUUUUAGUAGAGGAGGGGGCUUUGGGCUGGGGCUCUAUCAUAUUCAAUGCUUUACCAAACUCACCUCUUCUUCUAAAUUCUCACCACUCUUCUUCAUACUCUCUAUCUCCUUCACCGACAUAUCUCCUCUCUUCACUCUCUGUCUCUCAUCUCAGGGGGGAGUUUUUUUAUUUUAAGAUAAAUUUUGGAAACAUGGAAAGUGUUGAAUUGGCGUUGAAGAACAGUAACAGGAAAGAUAAAAGCCUCACCGUCACCGGCGGCGCCCAAAAUGGGGAAGAUUUCUCCGUCGACGACUUGCUUGACUUCUCUAACGAAGACGACGACGACGUUUUCGUUGAGGAUGAGACUGAAUUGAAAGUACAAAGAAAAAGAGGAGUCUCUGACGAAAUUACCCUUCACCGGACUAACGAUUUCUCCACCGCCGAUUUCCCCACAAGCGAGCUCGCCGUUCCGAUGGAUGAUUUAGCGGAACUUGAAUGGUUAUCAAAUUUCGUAGAGGACUCUUCUUUCACGCCGUAUUUGGCUCCGACGAAGAAACCGGUUUGGUUAACCGGAAAUCGGAGACAUCCUGUACCAUCGGUUAAAGAAGAGACCUGCUUCAAAGCUCCUCCUCCUCCGGUUAAAACCAGGCCCAAACGAGUCAGAACCGGAGUCACCGGCUGGUCUCAUGGUUCGGACUCAUCUUCCAGUUCUACUACAUCGUCGUCUUCCUCUUCUGGUCCUUCAAGCCCUCUAUGGCUCGCCGGCGCUGAGUUUCUUGAUGAGUCUGUGGCUAAAACACAGAAGAAGAAGAAGAAGAAGAAGAAGGUUUGUAAAAACGCUGGUCAGACGCAGACGCAAACGCAAACGCAGACUCAAACGCAGGGGAGGCGGUGUGGUCAUUGUGGCGUUCAGAAAACGCCGCAGUGGAGAGCAGGACCAUUAGGAGCUAAAACCUUGUGUAAUGCGUGUGGUGUGCGUUACAAAUCGGGUCGGUUAUUACCCGAAUAUAGACCCGCUUGUAGCCCAACUUUCUCGAGUGAGCUUCACUCCAACCACCACCGUAAAGUCAUUGAGAUGCGUCGGAAGAAGGAGGCUUCUGAUGAGGCUGAUCAAACCGGUUUGAACCAGCCGGUUCAGGUUGUGCCGAAUUUUUGAAGAAAUUGGAAAGGUUCUUAGAGCAGAAUUAGGAUUCGACCCGGUUCAGAUUUAGCACCACUUAGUAUGUUAAAGGAUUAUCAGAUUAUGUAUGUUUUUUAAAUUUGAUUUUUGUUCGUUGUAGUAGGUUUUUUUUUUGUUUUUAGUAACUGGUUAAAAAUUUUAA